UGCGCGAGAAUUCGCGUGAUUUCAGAAAUGAAAGAAAAAGAAGCAAAAUUUAAAGUUUAGACGGUUCUUCGAUAUUUUACACUAUAUAGUGCAUUUGUAACGCAAAAAAUGGGUGUCCCAAAGUUCUACAGGUGGAUUUCUGAGAGAUAUCCCUGUCUUUCUGAAGUUGUGAAAGAAUUUCAGAUACCAGAGUUUGACAAUCUCUACCUGGACAUGAACGGCAUAGUGCAUGUUUGCUCUCACCCUGAAGAUGAUAAUCCUCAUUUUCGAAUUACAGAAGAAAAGAUAUUUGCAGACAUCAUGUAUUACAUUGAGUUUCUGUUUCGGAUGAUCAAGCCACGGAAAGUCUUCUUCAUGGCUGUUGAUGGUGUGGCUCCAAGAGCAAAAAUGAACCAACAAAGAGGCAGGAGAUUCAGGUCAGCACGGGAGGCAGAAGAGCUUGAAAAACGUGCCAUGCAGAAAGGGGAGACUUUGCCAACAGAGAAAAGGUUCGACUCCAACUGUAUUACACCAGGAACACCGUUCAUGGUGCGUCUACAGGAACAGUUGAAAUAUAUGGUGGUUAAAAAAACGAGCACAGAUCCUCUAUGGCAGGGUGUGAGAGUCUAUCUCUCCGGACAUGAGACACCCGGAGAAGGGGAACACAAGAUAAUGGACUUUAUAAGAGCAGAGAAGGCCAGUCCAGACUAUGAUGCAAACACACGACACUGUCUGUAUGGACUUGACGCUGAUCUGAUGAUGUUGGGUUUGGCCUCACAUGAGCCCCAUUUUUCUCUGCUUCGAGAAGAGGUGAGAUUUGGCGGUAAAAAAGACAGUCGCAAUAAAAGACCACAGACUCCUGAAGAGACUACUUUUCAUCUGUUACAUCUGUCUUUGUUUAGAGAGUACUUGGAUUUUGAAUUCUCAGAUUUAAAGGAGAAGCUUACAACAUUCGAGUAUAACUUGGAGAAUGUGAUAGAUGACUGGGUGUUGAUGGGAUUUCUAGUGGGCAAUGACUUUAUACCACACCUACCUAAUUUGCAUAUUAACCAUGAUGCAUUACCCCUGCUCUGGCGGACAUACAUGGAAGUUCUUCCAUCUUGUGGAGGAUAUAUCAACAAUGGUGGUCAUCUGAACCUGGAGAGAUUUGAAAUGUACCUCACAGCAUUAUCAAAGUUUGACUUUGACACAUUCUCUGAGCAAGCGGGUGACCUGAAGUGGUUAGAAUCAAAGAAAGCUGAGGCCUCGGCAGAGAAAUCAGAAGUUUUGUCUGCAGCCAGGAAACUCUCCAAAAACCAGAAAAAAACAUUUGCCAGGUUAAACAAACAUAAGGAAAACCAGUUCGCUCUACUAGAAUCUAUAGAUGAUGAUAUGGUUUCAUCAGAAGAACUGGGAACAGAGUUGAUUGACUCCCCUCUUGAAGAAACCUCAGAAGAAAUUUCUGAGGAUAUUUCAGAGGAAUCUGAUGACGAUACUUUGGGUGAUGAAUUCAGACAUCAUAAAAGAAAUUACUACAUGACCAAAAUGGAAUAUGAAAAAGUUACUCCGGAAGUAUUACAAGACCAGGCAGAAGGCUAUGUUAGAGGCAUACAGUGGAUUCUACUCUACUAUUACGAAGGUGUUCCAUCAUGGAGCUGGUUUUACCAACAUCACUAUGCACCCUACAUGAGUGACGUUAAGGAUUUCAAGAACAUGGUGUUACAUUUUGACAUUGGGACACCAUUUAAACCCUUUGAACAGCUGAUGGCUGUACUUCCUGCAGCCAGCAAAGAUCUCUUACCUAUACCAUAUCAGAACCUUAUGAUUAAUGAUACCUCCCCUGUGAUAGACUUCUACCCUCUCCAGUUUGACACAGAUCUCAAUGGCAAACAGCAAGACUGGGAGGCUGUUGUUCUUAUACCAUUCAUUGAUGAGAAUCGCUUAUUGUCAGCUAUCAGAUCAGUGGAACACUUGCUGAAGGACGAGGAGAGAGCCCGCAAUACUCAUGGUCCUCAUUUGUUGUUUGAGUACACUCCGGAACCAGGGGACGUUUACCCAUCACCUUUACCCGAUCAUUUCCCAGACAUUGCUAUCAGUCAUUCCAAGCUAACACAAGUCCAUAUGGAUGAGUUCCGUAUCCCAGGGUACUUGCUGAAGAAGGGAAUUCUGCCAGGAGCCAAGUUAGACGUCUUCUUCCCAGGAUUCCCAACACUGAAACAUAUUCGCCAUCAUGCUGUCUUGAGUAAGGAAGGCGUGAAAGUAUUCCAGAUGAACAGUCGAGGUUACAAUACCAUGUUAUAUAUAGAACAAGAAGAGGAGGAACCAGACAUUGACAAAGUAGCGAAGGAGUAUCUAGGGAAGGAAAUCUAUGUUGGUUGGCCACAUCUUUAUGAAGCGAAAGUUGUAGCAGUAUGCAAUAAUGAAUAUAGUUAUACCCAGGUGGAACCAGCCAGUGGUAAGAGUAAAGGCACACACCAGCGUCCUCAGGUUAAUCGAGAGGAGAUUGAUGAUAAUACAUACACAAUCUUCUCAAAGGAAAUAAGCACUAUUGCUGAAAGAUACAAAGACCGACUUGGAAUUGUGAUAGGAGAGACACAAAUACUUCUGAGAGCUUUACCCAUGACAGGCAGAAAGUAUAUAUUCAGUUCCCAAGGAAGGGUUACAAUGGAUAAACAAUUCGGAAAAUUGCCUGUAUCUUUUGCAAAACAGGCAACUGUCAAAGAUAUAGCAGUACAUGACCCAGAGUUCUGUCAGUUUAAGACCCUGAAGGAAUACCUUCCCGAGGGUAAUCCAGUAUUCAUGCUUGGUUGGCCACAUUAUGCUUGCCAAGGGGAAGUCAUUGAAACCGACAUGGAAAGUGGGCGUAUCCGAAUUAAUCUGUCAAUCUUGGAAGAGCCACACCUCUCAAACAUUAUUAAUCAGCAACAGAUAUAUCCUUCAGUGAUGCAUGCAGAUCGGUACUAUACUGGUUAUGUUAUUGCGCAGAAGAUUGGUAUAAGUUCCCACCUGUUCUCGCGCUUGACAGGUACAAUUUACGUUACUGCAGGGGAGGAGGAGGUAGCUAGAGAGCAGAUGCACCCUCAUAAAGUGAAUGUAGGACUGAAUUUGAAAUUCACAAAACGUGGUGAGGAAGUGCCAGGAUAUACAAAAAACACUGAAGGGCAGUGGACAUAUUCAGAGAAAACUUUGGAUGUUCUCAAACAAUAUAUGGCUAAGUUUCCAGAAAUGUUUGAAAUUAUCUCCAAGUCCAACAAGCAGCAUAACGAUAUGUUCUAUGAAUCUGAUGUCAUACCAAAAACAUGUGAUUACACAUUAAAGACAGUAGAAGAAUACAUAAAGACAUUGCCGUGUGCGGGUCUGAAACCUAUGAAAUCAGGGGCAGACAUUAUUAGUGAAGGAACCAUAAAGGCCCUACAGGAGUUAACAGAUCAGAUUGUGGAGACAAACAAGAAAAGGCAAAAGCGAGUCAAGAUGCAGGUGAAACCACAUCUUUUGUACAAGCCCUCACCUACAAGUGGAUCAUUGAUUCCUGAUCAGUCAUCCACGUACCAGCUGUUUGACAGAGUUGUGAACACGAGACAGGGAUUUCCUGUGCCCUUCGGUCUGAGAGGGACGGUUGUAGGUAUACAUCCAGCAGAGGUAGAGGUCAACACGAUGUAUGAGGUCAUCUUUGAUGAAGAUUUUCAGGGAGGAAUAGAUAUAAGAAAUUCAUCAAAGAGAGGUUAUAGAAUGCCACCAUCUGGGUUGUUGAAUCUGAGUCAUGGUGAUCGCAAGAACGGUGCCAAACCAGCCAACCAAACCCAGACAGCAGCAAGGAACCAAACAUUCCAGGGCCACCAACACAGAAAUGUUACUAAUGAUUUUAGUUAUGCUAAUGCCAGUGCCACGAGGCAGCCAGGGCCUAAUCAGUUCAAUCAAGGUUACCAAGGGCAACAAGGUUACCAUAGAAACCAAGCUGGUUACCAGAGUUAUCCAGAUAAUAGAACUGGUUACCAAGACAACCAGUAUUCAAGGGGCGGUAACCAGCAGUGGGAGAGACAGUCUGUUAAUGCAUAUCAAGGUGGCUAUCAAAAACAGAACAGUCAGUAUGAAAGACAGAACAGUAGAAAUACUCAGGACACAAAAGAAGAUGUGUAUGGAAAAGUGUUCAAUGGAGCCAGUGCUGGAACUAGUCAGCCAACAUUUGUCACACCUAAAGUAACCCAGGGUAACCAGUCAAAAAGAAAAUUGUCAACAGGAGAGUCACAACAGAAUAAGCCUGCGAAACCAGAGACCAACACAAACUCAGAAUUUGACAACAUUUGGAAACAGUUGCGAUCAUCUCAACCACCAUUAGCAGAAGGUUCUAGCCAGGGACCAUCACUCUCAACAGCUGCUGCAGUAUUGCCUAGAGUGCCUUCCCCUGGUACUGACUCAAACAAGGGAAGCAACUCUAAUCAGAAUGCUACAAAAAUAGAUGUCCAAAGUUUGUUUUCUGGAGCUAGCAGUGCAAAGGACACUCAAACAAAACAGUCAGGAACUACAAAUGUAAAAACAGACAAUAAACCACAGUCUAAUAAAUCUAAAGUUGUUUCUAAUGAUGAAUUUGCUGCCAUGUUUAAAUCUCUGGAAGAGGUGCAGAUAUCUAAAGAAGAAAACGAGAAAGAGACAGAGGAUGGGUCAGAUGUUCUGAAGAAGAUGCUAAAUAUAGCAGACCAAUCAGAAACCAGUGAAAACACUGAACCACCAGCAGACGGUGGUGGUGGUGGUGGUGGAAAAAGUUAUGGUAGACAAGUUUCUGUGCAAGAAUUGUUUGAUGGUGCCAAGAAACAACAGGAGCAGCCUGAUGCUGAUAAGCCUCAGGAACCACAGAAGAAGGGAAAGGGGUACCAGAAGCAGAAAGGUCAAGGUCAUCAGUCACCAAGGCAACCACAAGGUCACCAAGGACAACAACAAGGUUAUCAGGGAAAUGCACAGAACAAGAGACCAGCUCUGCUAAUGCCUCAGUCCAGGGGAGGAAAUAGGAAUCCAGUGAUGGAGCUAAUGAGUUUCUGCCAGUCAUUACAGAUGGGUCUGCCCAUGUAUGAUUAUAUACCCAAAAAUGGUUUGCAUUAUUGUGUAGUAUCGUUAUUCAAUGGAGCCAGAUUUCAAGGAUCAAUGUGCAAGUCGAAAGAAGAGGCUGCCGAGUCAGCUGCCAGUGUUGCCUUACUACAGUUGCGAGGCAGCAUGCAACAGAUGGCAGCUCACCCUAUGAUGCAAAUGCCAGGGUAUGUGCCAGGUGCCAUGCCUCAGGGGAGACAAUUCUCAUCACCAAAUUCUGCCUUUAGUCCAGUUAACACCUUUACAGGUUUCUAUCAGGGAAAUAGAGGUCAUGGUCCUAGAGGUUACCAGGGGUAUCAGCAGCAGCAGCAGAGACCUUAUAGUGGAGGUCAGGGUAACACUCAACACAACAGGGGAGGUCACCAAAAGCUUCAGAAUAACUCGCAGUUUAAUUCAACCAACCAGCAGCAAGGAAGAAAUCAAACAACCAUAUCCCAGAAUCCUCAGGAUUUAGUUACCAGUCAGAAUGCAGAAACUAGAAAUGAUGACAGGUCAUUGGUAAACACAUCAUCCAAUCAAAAACAAAGUAAAGAAGUGAAAACACAACCCACUUGUGUUGUGACACCUUUUGUUCCAAUGCAGGUACUAACUGUUUAUAUGCUAAAGUGUUUGUGUUUCGCCAUUUGUUCCAUUGCAGGUACUAACAUUUUUUAUGCUGAAGUGUUUACCCUUGAAGACAGUUAUUGUACCCCCUGACAACAAAGUUGUAAGGGGGGGUAUACUGGUUUCAGGUUGUCUGUCUGUCCGUCCGUCUGUCUGUCUGUCCGUAGACACAAUCUUGAGCGCACCAUCUCUCCUCAUCCCCUUGACACAAUUUAAUGAAACUUCACACAAGUGAUCAGUAACAACAGUAGUUGUGCAUGGGGCAUGUUAGGGUCUUUCAGAUAAAAAAAUUGCAGAGUUACGGGACUUUGUUUUUUGUUACUAUACUAUAUACAUAGACACAAUCUUGUGCGCACCGUCUCUCCUCAUCCCCUUGACACAAUUUAAUGAAACUUCACACAAGUGAUCAGUAACAACAGUA